ACAAUAGAGCUGUUGUGCCGUGGUGGUGGACAGAUUGCAACCCUGGAGAUUCCCACUGUGCUGUGGGAUACAAAAUUCCCAAAUUUAAUCUAUAGCUAGAACCUGAGCCCCUGUUUCUAUAAGUACACGUUGGAAGUUUCGUCUGGACUGAUAUGAGGCCGGAGUAACGCGGACAGCAACGCGUGGACUGGAGGCAUUCAAUUAAGUGGUCGAGGGUUUCUCAGAGGAAUCUACUAGCAUGCUGUUCGAUUUGAAAUUUAUGGAUGUUACAGGAUGAAACGUCUCAGGUCCUCAAGCAGCAGCGACAGUUCUGACAAUGAGAGUCCCUCUACAUCUUUCUGCUCCUCCAACAAGUAUGGCAGCAAACCGGGAACCCCCGCCUCCAACCCGAAGAAACCGGCUGAAGUGUUCAGAAAAGACCUGAUCAGUGCCAUGAAGCUGCCUGACUCACACCAUGUGCCCCCAGAGGACUACUACCUGCUGGCAGACACGUGGAAGCAAGAGUGGGAGAAGGGAGUCCAGGUGCCGGCGAGUCCAGACACCAUCCCAGAGGCAUCAGUCAGAGUUGUUGUGGAGAAGUCCAAAGAGGUGCUCUACAUCCACCAGAGGAAGUACGUCCAGUGCUCGGGCCAGGAGUCAACAGAACCAGGUUAUGUGAACAUCAAAGAGCUGGCAGAGGCCAUGUGUCGCUACGACCUGGACGACAUGGACCUUCACUGGCUGCACGCACUCAACAGAGAGCUCGACCGCAUGGGAGAGGAGCCCAUAGACGAGCUGACAAUGGAGCGCACCAUGGAGGCCCUGGAGAGCCAGUGCCAUGACAACAUGAAUCAUGCCAUCGAGACGGUGGAAGGCCUGGGGAUCGAAUACGACGAGGACGUUAUCUGUGAUGUGUGCCGCUCCCCCGACAGUGAAGAAGGGAACGACAUGGUGUUCUGUGACAAGUGCAACAUCUGUGUGCACCAGGCCUGUUACGGCAUCGUCAAAGUGCCUGUUGGAAACUGGCUGUGCAGGACGUGUGUCCUCGGCAUCGACCCGCAGUGCCUUCUGUGUCCUCAGAAGGGCGGUGCCAUGAAGGCAACACGAGCAGGCACCAAGUGGGCACACGUAAGCUGCGCCCUGUGGAUCCCAGAGGUGAGCAUUGCUUGUCCCGAGAGGAUGGAGCCCAUCACCAAAGUGUCCCACAUCCCACCCAGCCGCUGGUCUCUCAUCUGCAGUCUGUGUAAGCUGAAGACAGGUGCAUGUAUUCAGUGCUCAGUAAAGAACUGCACCACUCCUUUCCAUGUGACGUGUGCCUUUGAGCACAGCCUGGAGAUGAAGACCAUCCUGGAUGAAGGGGACGAAGUCAAAUUCAAAUCUUACUGCCUCAAGCACAGCAAGUCUAAAGCUGGGGAGGCUGGCCUGAGUCCAGCUCGCUCCAAACCCCCCGCCGAGGCAGAGAAGGUGGGCCAGCGGGCACAGAGACUGCAGGAGCUGGAGGAGGAGUUCUUCACUCUAAUCCAGCAGGAGGAGCUGGCCCAGGCCCUCGGGCUCUCUGUGGGCCUGGUGGACUUCAUUUAUCAGUACUGGAAGCUGAAGAGGAAAGCGAACUUUAACAAAGCUCUGCUGCCCCCUAAAGCGGAGGAGGAGAACCUGGUGCUGCAGCCUCAGGAGGACAGCAUCCACACACGCAUGCGGAUGUUCAUGCACCUGCGGCAGGAUUUAGAGAGGGUGAGGAACUUGUGUUACAUGGUGAGUCGGCGGGAGAAGCUGAAGGUGUUGCAGAGCAAAGCCCAGGAGCAGAUGUUCAAUCUGCACGUGAAGCUCAUGAACCAGGAGCUCUCUGCUGGUCUUCCUUCUUCGUCUCCAGCGGAGAGUUUGCUGUUUCGUCCUCCUCCCAGAAUCACUCUGAAGCUGAAAAUGCCCAAAUCCUCAAGUCUCGGAAAUGGAAAUCCCAGCUCCAAAUGUGGCAACGGGCCGCUGUGCCCGGACAAUAGCGGCAAUGUUACAGAACAUGCAGGUGAAGGGCUGGGUCAGGGGAAGCCUCAGCUGCAGGGGCGUGGUCAGAGAGACGAGCGCUCCAACGGGCGUUUGUCCUCCUCGAGCCACUCCCGCAGCCAAACGCUUCCUGUUAAACCAACCGGCAAACCUUUAGCCCUGCACGCCGCGCUCCACGGCCACUCCUCCAACAGUAACGGCAAACUGGAGCAGGAUCGGGCGUGUGUGGCGAAAUCUAACGGCCUCUUAGAGAAGCUAGUGGCUCAGAAGGACAGCUCUUGCCAGACACCUAGUGACCAGGACGCUUCAAACCAGGCGCUGGACAAGAGCAGCUUUCGCAAGUCUGCCAUGGAGCACUUUGGCAGGUCCUUCAAAGAGGCGACCAUUAACUUGGUACGGACCACAGAGGACCUGCGGGCCUCUGACAAACUAUCCCGAAAGGGCUCAGCCAAGGAGAGGCUAUGGGCGAAACCCAUGUCGGAACACAAAGUGAAAAGCGCCAGAUCGUACCAGGACAGCGACGGAUACUGUCCCGACCUGGAGCUCAGUGACUCAGAGCCAGAGGCCAAAGGGCGGCACAGGCGGCUUCAGCCAGACGCUCCGAGAAAAGGGCUCAGUCGUGGGAAACAGUCGCUGGGCUCCAGACACCCCAUGCAGAGGUGACAGCCAUUUGUUUACUCUGCUCACUGCCGCCGCCGCUCUCUCUCCUGACAUUCCCAAGUGCCGGGCCGUCUCUGAGAACACGUCUCUCUGUCAGGGACCAGACCAAGACCCAGCGCUGAUAGUGCUGUAUACAUAGUAGAUCCAGAUGCAGAAGAUGCAUGAAGGGUGUUGUCAAGAACCCAGUGUGGUUCUUAAAGAAACGUAGCCCUGUGUUAGUUUGAGAGGAACAAAUCUGUCCGUGUCAGAUUGUCAUGCUCGCCUUUCAUUGUGGCUCCAAUUACAUUUUGUUGUCAGCACAACUUUGUAUCAAACACUCCUCGUUCACACAGGUUCAAUUUGACUAAAACUGAUGUACAUAACAUGUUCCAAUUGGGAUGUAAAUAACGUUGAACAGAAUCACACGUGUUCCACUUCCAAAUUUAGAUCAAACCUGUUGCAGAAAUUCAAACUGACGCCCCCAGAUGGGAACUUUAGAGUGAAUUCUAGCAUCUGCUGCACCUGUUUCUUGCACAUUUUUUGUUAAAGUUAAGCUGACAUGGUGACCUUUUUACAUUUGUCAGAACAGAAAUGCCUUUUGUGUGUAGGAAACUAUUAGUACCUUUGGGUUGCAGGUUACAGUAUCAUGUCUAUAGACAAAAGGAUCAGGAAAAAGUUCAAGCUCUUGUCUUAAAAAUGGGGGAAGAUGUGUGUAAGAACUACAGGUGUCAUGAUUUCAAUUAUAUAUUAAAAAAAAGGACAUUUUCAAACAUUUUGAUUCCAUUUCAAAUGUCGCAGGAUGGGCCGGUAUUUCUGUGGUACAUUCCAAAAACAAAAUGCAGUCAUAUCCGACUUGAUGUUUCAGUUGUCGGAGCCUAAAACUAAUAAACAAGACUUGAUGGUCUAGCAGAGACUUCAGUGCUGAAAAGGUUUUAAAUCGAAAGUGACCUUAAAAUCAAAAGUCUCAUGAAGUUUGUUCAUUGUAAUGCCUGGUUCAACUAAAGAUACAUUUGUUUAAGUAAUAAGAGUUUAAUUUAAGAGCUGAUCUCUAGCCCUUCCCCAUGGUUUUCUUGAUAAUAACCAAAAUAAUUUUCAGGAUGGCCGUCAGAUUGCCUUUAUGACCGGCCUCAGGUCAUCACAUGAUCAGCCUUCAUUAUCACACACUGAAUGAUAUUCUGAACUCUGAAUAUUUGCAGUCUUUUCUGUUAUUUGUGUCACUUUUUUUUAUAAUAAAUGACCUGGAAUAACUGGUUUACUAGUGCUGGACAUUGUAAGGAUUAUUUUGUUACGGAUGCCAAGUCAGUACUGUUAGUGAUAUGUUACUUUAUAUUGACUCAUUUCUUUUUUCCUUUUUUUUACCACAAAAAAAGCUUUAUUCCUUUUUUACUUUAAUACGGCAUCAGUGUUUAUGGGUGUCUUAAUAAUAAAACAUCAACAAUUAACAAAUCAGGAUUUAAAUAAGGAUAUCUGUUCAUUGAAUAAAUAAUCUGACCUUUCA